GAGAGAGAGAGGGAGGGAAAGACAUCUACCUUAGGGAAGAAGCUCAGAGAGAGGGAGGGAAGGAGAGGACGGGUAGGAGCGUGUGUGCAUGUGUGUGAGAGACACUUAUUCUCUUCACUACCAGGAGACAGACGCACAAAGAAAAGGGGGGGAAAACAGUAGGAAGAUCUUUUCUUUAUUUUUUUUUCUCCCAAUAUCAUUUUAAACCCCCCCACCCCCCCAUUCAACAAAUCAAGCUGCCCUAAAGCGUCUCCAUUCGUGGAAAACUCUUCUUCGCUGCCUGCUGGAACUUCUAUUUAUUGAUCUGUUUUUUUUUUUUUUUUUAAACCCUCUCACACACACACACACAGACACACAAACCGACACCGCCAGGCUUACCUCAUGGAUUUGUAUCAGAUUGGAUAUUUGAUGUGUGUGUGGCUGUCCAGCUCGCGGGUGCUUGGAGGCUAUCCCAUCUGGUGGUCGCUGGCCCUCGGGCAGCAGUACUCGUCUCUGGGCUCCCAACCCAUCCUCUGCGGCUCCAUCCCCGGCCUGGUGCCCAAGCAGCUGCGCUUCUGUCGCAACUACAUCGAGAUCAUGCCCAGCGUGGCGGAGGGGGUCAAGCUGGGGAUCCAGGAGUGCCAACACCAGUUCAGGGGCCGACGGUGGAACUGCACCACCAUCAAGGACAACCUGGCCAUCUUCGGCCCCGUGCUGGAUAAAGCCACCAGAGAGUCGGCGUUCGUCCACGCCAUAGCCUCGGCGGGCGUGGCCUUCGCCGUGACGCGCUCCUGCGCCGAGGGCACGUCCACCAUGUGCGGCUGCGACUCCCACCACAAGGGCCCCCCCGGCGAGGGCUGGAAGUGGGGCGGCUGCAGCGAGGACGCCGAGUUCGGCGUGCUGGUGUCCAGGGAGUUCGCCGACGCCAGGGAGAACCGCCCAGACGCCCGCUCGGCGAUGAACCGGCACAACAACGAGGCGGGCCGCUCGACCAUCCUGGACAUGCAGCUGCGCUGCAAAUGCCACGGCCUGUCGGGGAGCUGCGAGGUGAAGACGUGCUGGUGGGCGCAGCCCGACUUCCGCAGGCUGGGCGACUACCUGAAGGACAAGUACGACAGCGCCUCGGAGAUGGUGGUGGAGAAGCACCGCGAGUCCCGCGGCUGGGUGGAGACCCUGCGCGUCAAGUACAACUUCUUCAAGCACCCCACCGAGCGCGACCUGGUCUACUACGAGGGCUCGCCCAACUUCUGCGAGCACCCGGAGACCGGCUCCUUCGGGACGCGCGACCGGGCCUGCAACGCGUCGUCGCACGGCAUCGAGGGCUGCGACCUGCUGUGCUGCGGCCGCGGCCACAACACGCGGACCGAGAAGCGCAAGGAGAAGUGCCACUGCGUCUUCCGCUGGUGCUGCUACGUCGUCUGCCAGGAGUGCGUGCGCGUCUACGACGUGCACACGUGCAAGUGAGGCCCGAAAGGGGAGCGGGAGGGGGAGGGGGGGGGGGAGAGAACUGAUCGCUGGACUACGAGUGCUGCGCCCACCUCCACCCCCCCCACGCUCCAG